AAUAGGGAGACCGAGCUUAUUCUAACUAACGACUUUAAAAACGCGGGUAUAAUUAAGAUUGGGCAUAAUUUAUAUUACUACUUUAUAUAUAUUAAUAUAAUAGGCUAUUUAAAGGCACUAGGGGCUACUAAGCUACCGAAAUAUACUAAGUAA